AUGCCGCACCAGCCACCUACACACGUUCCCACCUCCGGUCUUCCUGACUCUAUCUUGGCACCUGACCCAGGUGAGCAAAAUAGGAGAGAGUGGUGGAUGCAAUGCAGGUUUACUAUCAUUAUAAACUAAUUCCUGCUCAAGUCACCGUCCCGCGCCCACUCUGCUUUGAAGCACAAAGUGGACAUCGUCAGAAAGGACAGUCAAAUUGUCAUGUAAAAAUACCAACAAAACUGGAAGUUGUUCCUCAGCACAAAAACACUGAUUUAACUUUCCUGGAUCUUCUCAUGCAUAGAGGAUAGGAUGACUCUAUUCGGAGGACGAUUUUUCAGAGGUCAACUGAAAAUGGAAAUGUCUGCAUCCCACGUGCCUCGUCUAAUUUCAAAUAAAUGUACUUAGACUUCUUCCUUUUCCGUUGUGACAUCAGAAUACGUUCUACUCGGGUUGUAAAUGAAGUGUUCAAUUUUCUCAGAAUCGCCCUUGAGGGGAAUCCUUAGAUAUUUCUCAAGAAUUAACCAACGUAGCGAAGUGAAAACAGCUGAACUCUCGAUCCCGAACAACGCAGCGACAUUGCCUCCCUCUAUGGUAAUAAAAUCUGUCGUUUGGUCAAAUAAAUAUUUCAUAGCACAAGUGAAUGAACAUUCAAGCGCAAAUCUAGAUUGCAAACCCGCCGAUAUAACAGAUGUCAAGAUGGCUGGUAGGGUCAAAAAUACGAUAACAGAAUGCCCCGCCGCAAGUCACCCACUGGACACUGGCAUUACAACUGGCCCAAGGGUGGCUUUUAAUAUUAUUAAAAUAGUCCGCGUCGCCUACGCUACUCGGAGACCGCGGAAUUGCAUACAAGGAAAGGCUGAGUCGGGCAAGAUGCUGAAUCGCGUGAUUAACUUCGCACCGAUCUGGCCACGAGCAGCGAGUAAUUAGCGUCCUGUCCCCCUUUUCAGGCCUACCAUCGCAUGACUAAUUUUCACCAACUAUAAUUCCGCGUUUUUAUUAUAGACGACUUUUUGCUGAGCUCUGCUGCUGUAAUAAAUCAGACCCACGGUUGUGUACAUAUGAGCAGAGGUCACAGGCGGCUGGAUGGAAUCUCAUUAAACUGAGUAGCACCAUUUAACGCUCCCCCUGACAACUGCGACAUUCGAAUAUCGCAUCAGAAUUUUCAAUGUGGAAACUCGCGGCUCAAAUUAACUGCCUCGCUCUUUAGUCCCCAAAGAAAUAUAAUCGAAUAUUAACCUCUAGACAGUGUUUCUACGGAGAAAAUUGCAUGACCGUUCCUGAUUUUUUCGCGAUUAUCAGCCAGAUGGUUGAAUCUCGUUCUGGGAAACUUUACAUCGCUUCACUUUCUUCCCUGAGGUGUCUCGAGAGUCAUUUUUUGAUUGUUUAUCUUCUGAAUCAACGUUUCACUGAAUUUGUUUUGGAAUUUCACCGCGUGAGAGCAGCAUACGGUCCAAUCUCCUUUUUCAGGACCGAGCACGCGCAUCUCGACUGCCUCACAAUCGGGGUGAAAAUCAUCCCCGAGGAUCACAUGGGAGCAAAAAUCAACGCGCAGAAAACCCCUCCGUCCAAGUGACCUUGGAGCGGCAGAGGACGGAUGUUCAUCUCCAAUAAUGCGUCCUUGUCUACUAAGUCAUAGGUAGCAUGCCCUCAUCAUAAAACAGUCCAGCUUGGCCAUAGCUCCGAUUGCGUGCCAGUCAGGCAGGUUGUAGCCUAGUCUCUACUCAGCGUAGAUAUAUAAAUACGCGCUCCCAUGAUAAUAAAAGGGGUUAGAUUGACACAGAUGUCACCGGGCCUACAGUUCAUGUCCAGACUGCUAAAUUCUGACUACAGUGAGGACCUUUGGCGGGAAGGCGUGAAGAACUAGCAACCAGUUUCCUGUCAUCUUAGAUUGUCCCACCCAGUUCCUGCCUUCGGGCUGGGCUAGCUCCUCAGCCCUGUCUUUUUUUAUUAGAGACUCUACUGUCUAACCAGCAUCAUUUAAGAUAGAGUCUACAGAAAGAGAAAUUCCCUUUCUUGCUGUUGAAGUAUUCUAUGCAUUAAACAGUCGCCAAGACAGCGGACUUCCAUGUAAGUACUAUCAGAUACAUAAAAUGCGUGAAGAUAGUGGUUUACCUCUGGCACUCUGACUGGCCGUUAGGUCGAGUCUGCGCUUGCAGGUCUCCAUAACACUUUCGUAAACUGUACAAAAAAUAGACACCAAUAAACGCUAUUUUCAAGUUUAUUCUUAACAUCGUCAAAGUGGAUUGAAAUUUGCGGAAAGCCAAGUCUGCUUCUGUGUAAAAGGCGUCAACUUAAAUUUCUGGGUUUUGUGCUUGUUAGCUAAUUCCGGUUAUUCAAUCGAAAAUGCCUUAGGUAGCGUGUUUACUUAAAUAACUGGCUUAUUCGGCUCAAGGGCCGAACAGGUGACUUUGCUAUGCUCACUUUAAAACUACGGUGGCUACAUCAUGCAAAGUCCUGUACUAAGUUCUUAAUCACUCACGGAGCCGAUUCGUGUGGCCUGAUUACCGUAAUCUCCCUUGUUGAAAAUGGGCACCCUUCAAGGCACACUGGGUGUCCCAGUAGGACUUUGAGGGCUGCCAAUCACCUAUGCCUAAAGUGCUCAGUCAUAGUCCAAGACUUAAGGAAAGAGGUACUCACGAUCAGAGUGCAAAAUGCUCUUAAGGGUUGGUGUUGAUAUUAGUAAAGUACCGAUUGACUCCACAGGCGCUUUUGAAACGGGCUGCAUUUGAAACGCGAAGGACAGCUUUCUCGAAAUCCUAACAGUUUCGCUUAUAAGUUCAACGAGAAGAGGGGUAUCUUUCCGCUAUCAUGCUUGAACAGACGUUUUCUUUAAGCUUUCUCAGAUUACGGAAUCAAAACUCCUGAAAUAGGGGCUCUUUUCUGUUGUUAUGGUACCCAGUCGCCUGUCCACUGGACACUUUUAUAAAGGAACGCAAACACGCUACCAUCAAUGAAACCUUUUAUCGACAAACGUAUUUACAAGACAUCGUUUCAACGUAAAUCUUACUCUAAUUCCACCGUAUAUUAUCUUUUUUGUUUACUUUUCUUGUCAGUUAUUAAGAUAGCGUACGUUUGAAAGGUUCGACAGUAAACACUGUUUCCUACCGCUCGCAUAAAAAUGUGCCUAAAAAUUUAAUAUCCUGUUGGCUGCAAACGUUUUAAAAUAUUGCCAUUUUGGCGGGUAACAGGCGGAACGGUAAGGGACUGCCUGUUUCAAGUUCAUACAGUUACUCCUGUUGAUGCGACAGCUGAUGGUGUGUAGAGUCAGCAAUUCCGUACAAUGCUAAAAAUAAGACAUGAAGUAAACGCUAAAAUAUAGCAUUUUUAGAGUACUCCUCAAAAAUUGUAGCAAGAAUUCCAGCCUGAUUAAAUCAGCGUUCAUGGUGUACUCACGCGAUGUCCACCUCAGGCAGCGUCCAAUGUACUCAUUAAAUGCACCUGUAUACCACAGAAGAAUCGGUGGAUAUUGCGGCGCGUGUCCGAGUAAAGGAGUAAAUGCAAUGACCUAUCUACGACAAAAUUACGCCUUAGAAACGUUUCCGGCGGCAAAUAAAAGUGAGGAGAGCAAGUGAAUCAAAGCCCAGAAGAGCUGAAUGCUUGGCUGGGCCUGAAAACAGUCCAGCGAUGACUGAGAUGACAUGUAACAGCGAGCGACUAUCCUUGAAUGACGUAUAGUGGGUGUCCAGCGGUAACACGAGUGCAAUAUUAGGGAAAACCGCCGUAGUAUGCGCAUUAUGAUCAGGUCGCUCAUAGAAUCAGAUGGCUGACAGGAUCAGACAAUCGGCCGGUGCAUGGGAGAGGGAAGAGAGAGUCAUGUCGACACCCCAGAAUCCAUUCCCAUGGCAUCAUCGACACAUUCCUCACCAUAAAAUAUCUGACGUUCUCGAACAUAUCCCGACGUGUAUAACGUCGUAAGUUGGAGGGCUGCCAAAUAACUUACUAACUCGUACUUCUCAGAGCACAGGGUCGGGCUCCAAUGGCCCCCUCACAAUGUGACCUCAAUGGCAUUACUACCCAGGAGGCAUCUGAUUCGCCCCUUGUUUCUGUGACAAUCUGGAUCAUCGUGCGCCAAUCAGUUCGUGUGUGGCACACGUCCUAGCUCUGUAUUGCCAUCAGGCCCAGAUGGUUGGGGGGUGUGAGAAUAGGGCAGAUGUCGCUCAAGUCUGACAGCAGUAUAAACUACUUCACACGUGCAAGUCACUGUCCUGCGCCCACCCUGCUGUGAGGCAUACGGUGAACAUCAUCGUUUGCGACGGUCGCACUGUCAUGGUGUGGAGGGAGGGUCAGGUUGUGCUGACGGUCAUUUCGUCCUAGGUAGCGUUAUGUUCUGGCCUUUUCAAUCAGGGACAGAAAAUGCAAAAAUCGCAGGCCAAGCUUGAUCUCCGGACUGUGAGUCGAGUGAAGGUAGGAUUGGUUUGUAACUGCAGUGACCAACGGUUGUGUGUUCUCAAUAUUCUUCGACGAGCACAAAGAGCGCGUUCAGCGUACAAACUGUUCGUUCAGAUGUAACCGCGUCCAAAUACAUGCCUGCUGGGACAUUUCGCCGGCUGAAUGAAAAGUUCUGUCGGGUGAAUAAGACACCUUACACUAAUAAAGUUGGCUACCGCAUUGGCGAAAUGGCCCGAUGAGUACAGUUUUCAUCAUAGAAUAUAAGUAUACAUAAAUGUGGUAACAUGCCUCACUUCCGUUCGCUUAAUUUAUGCAGAAGAAUGCGAGAGAGAGAGAGAGAGAUCGAGCGAGCGAGCGAGCGAGGGAGAGAGAGCAGGGAGAGGUUGACAACGUUUCUAUUCUGUGCUAGUCCAAUGUUUAGUGUAGGAUUCUUAAAACCGGACUAGUGGAAAGAUGCAAAUUUUAUUACCCUUUUAAACACUCGAUGAAAUGAAUCCUGUGCCUGUUAUGGUUUUAAGAUAGAAAAUGUCCAUGUGAGAAGAGAGUGGACAAAACAACGUCUCCGUUUCGACGUGAGUUAACCCGACUCCGACCUCCUCCACCCAUCUCCGCAUUCCCUCCCCACUCGCACUAUUCCAUAGCCCCUUAUUCGCCGCUUUCGGGUUAAUUUAACAUCUGAAGAUUUCAGUCAUUCUUCUCCCUUGAGACUAACUUGUUACUCCUCAAUGGCGAUUGCGGAGGUCUUGCUUGCCCUACAGAGAAUUCCACUGACCGAGAACCCAUCAACCCCUGGACAAUACACAAACCCGCCCUACAUCACGUGACACAUGCAUAAAGCACGCAACCCUCAUGUCAGAGGGAAGUGUGUUCUUUAGUGGAACCUGAUGCCAGACCAGAGCGUCCCUGGCGCGCGCGUAAACGGGUUGUCGUAGCGCUGGCCGUCACUGCGUCUAAUCCCAACACCGGAUGACUGACCGAUUCGGACUGUGGAUUGGUGCGUUGGAGAGGGAAAGGAGAGUGCGGUCGCCACUGGGGGACUCACUUCCACAACAUAUCAGCGCAUUCCCCGACUAUAAUUGAUUUGACGCUCUACAAAACUGUCACGGUGCUCUAAAAGUCGUGUCUUGGAAGGCUGUCUACUGACCGGAUCACUACGCUCUCGUAGUCAGUACUGUGUUUGCGUUUGGGAGCGUGCCCCUAAAACGACCGACACGAUAGAUUCGCUGGACCAACACGGGGGCUAGAUCGGCGCCUGACAGGCAUUAUUGGGGACCCGCACCCAUAAUAAGUGCCAACAUUCGGGGUGUGACGGUACGCCCAGGUGUAGGCUUAUAUCACGCAACUUGUGAUUCGAUCCGCCCCCAUUUUUGUUGCUGUUGAAAAUCCUGAUCAAAUGCUUGUUGUGGAACAGGGGUUUUGUUGUACCCCUAGAUGCAGGUUUUCGCCGUACCAGCAACCUGCGCCCUCCCCGACCUUUGGUCUUCUUGGCUCUGUCUUGACACCGAGCCCAGGAGGGUGAGGGAAGAGGGAGCGCAAGCUUACUAUCAUUAUAAACUAAUCCCCGCUUAUUUCACCAUCCCUGCUCUCGGCCUGCUCUGGAGCGCACGGUGGACAUAGUCGGAAACGGCGGUCGAAUUGUCGUAUGUGAAUUCACUUGCUCAAGGACUGGGAAUGAGGCUCAGUGACUCCUAUUUGAUGCGGCCUCUAUGGCAAUCCAACAAGCGUGAGAUUUAAGACCUAAGUCUAGUAAAAACCAUGCAAAUCGUACGGGGACCGAUUUGGGUACGAUAUCCGUGGACGGGCUGUAUAGCUUUGUCAAUCGCUACGCCCGAGCCCAUCUCUGCUUGCCUUGACGUUGCCUUACCACCGGAGUCUGGCGGGUGAAGGAGGAGGGGAUGCGCCGGAUACUGCUCAAGUCUGCCUCACUAUAAAUUUAUUCACGCGCAAGCCGCUCUCCCAUGCCCCUCAAGCAGUCGGACACACGACGGAAACCGUCGCUCGCCCACGGUCGGACUCUCAGGGGGGCUAAUCCGCGGAAAAGUGGCGAGAAACUUAAAACAGAAAGAGACUGUAUGAGAACAGUCUACCGCCGUGUUGAGACGCCCUGUGGUAUUCCGGACGCUAAAGUAGCCGAAGCGCAAUAUUUCAGGAAGUUUUUACAGCCUGGGGCUCUCCCGAGGGCCGAAGUCUGCAGUACUGACAUGCAGUGCCACAUGCUGUCGGUGUGUCCAAGAUCUGUCCAACUGGGGCAAAACAAAUGUUCGAGAUGACAAUUCGUUGGGCAUUGAAAAGCUAAACUUAGAGCCCAUCCAAAAUCCGGCGUUAUAUACCAGAUUGAGUGAAACUGUAUCCCGUAUCUGCUUUUGUCUCUGAUGGUGGAUUCGAGAAGGAAUCCGAAACGUCAAGCUAAUAAAGCUCUUGUCCCAGCGAUCGUCCCUCCUUCUUCAAAACUAUGGAGUUUAAUUGUUGACAAGCGAAACUCAGCUUUAUCGGCAUUUUAGCAAUCGGCAUUACUGUGGGCGCACUUAUAGGCAGUUAGCAUCGCUGUCGUCCGAACAUAUGUCAAACCAAUAUUGAUUACAGAAGACAAGGUGCCGAACAGUUAAGUCACAAGUUUGGUCUUUACUGUCCUUUGUUGUGUUAGCCACGUCCUUCAGCACCCGCAGCGAUGCGGGGGAUGAAUCCAGGAAAGUUAAAGUAGUUUGGUGGCGAGACCAGCUUCACACUGCCUUGUUAAGGAGACAUUUCUAGCAUAUAAAGAAUGCACGCCAGUGCCCGUCAUUUCUGUGGGCAUUUUGCGUGUCGACUUAAUAUUUCUUUUCCAUAUAACGGUUGCAGUUAUGCAAAAUUCGCCAGCAUUCUGUACACGUCAAAGAUGCUUUAACUACAUAUCAAUGGCAUGGUGUAAGGCGUGCCACAUUUCAGUUAACCGAUGCAUAUGCACAAGCGUGGCCUGGCGAAAUAGCGGCCUGUUUUUAAGCCAGGGGCCCAAGAAGAAAUGCUAAAGGGUUGACCUUCAAUAAUCGGAUUUGUAUCAACAAAGACAGGUACAUUAUAAUGAUACUGCCAGUGAUAGCUCAAAGUACAGGCUGUACAUUCUUAGAAAAUAAGCAGAAAUAGCCAUUCCGGUGUGUCGCCCUUGCCGGUAAAAGCAUCUCGACUACUGAUUGCUAGACGCCACGCGUGGAUUUUAGACACUCAACUAUGAGCCAAAAAUGAAAUGUUCAUUUUUGUCCUCCAAUCAGGAUAGAUAGACUCAUGCCAUUUUCGUGUUACAGAGGUAACAAAUCAGUAUGAGCGCGGCAGUUUGUUUGUGUCUUUAGGUAGAGUAACUGCGGCCUAUAUUUUAAAGUCGAUAUUCCACGAGAUUUUUGGCUGCUUCCAUAGCCAGUACAGUUUGGUCAGAAGAAGCAGCUCACUUGCAGUUAGACAGUCACAAACUGAAUUGUAAUUAGAGAGCGUUGGGAUGUCUAGUUUAGUUUGCCGUUGACUUGGUUAAGCUUCUAGUCAAGUCAGCCCACCGCUAACCAGGACAUGUCGAGUCAUAACCUGCUUUAUCUGAUGUAAGCAAGCCCUCCCUAGCGGCCCGGAGGACAGCGGACAGGUUUACAGGCCGCACUGCAGCCACGCGUGUGAUGCGGCGUAAAAACAGGCCUAUGAGCCGUCGCGAUCUAUUUUGCUAACUAAUGCGGCAUCAUGGUGGAACGACGACGCGCCUUUUCUCGUACUGCCGUCUCACACGUCCUCCUGCCCUCAACCCUCUCCCCCCUUGCCUGCCCUCUUGCCAUGCCUUUGUCUGCCUUCGCUGCGGCGUGCCUUCGAUUUUCUAUCUCUGUCACCGGGGUUAGGGCGGAGCGAUGUCAUACGGCGGGGUGUUGAACCUCGUUAACAUUUAUGCUAAGGAACCUCGGCGUGGCAAUGAAUUACUUCAAAAUGAAAAUAUCACUCCUUCGUCUGACAUUCGACUGCGUCAUUACGGCUAUCAGGAUCGCGCUCUCGGCUGCUCCUGUGGCACUGGUUUUUUUGUCCUGGCACAGUCCGUAUUUUACGUGCCCGCGAUUGCUACAUCGGGGUAAGAAGCGGAAAACUAUCUAGCAUUGCCUCGAGUCUUACUUUUGAAGAAUAUGGUCAUUUUGCAUUGACAGUGCUGUUUUCUACUUAAACCCAGAUGUCUACACCUCGGUCGGUCAAUGGACCACAAUACACACGCCCGUUGGUGGCUUUGCUCGAUGGGAGGGAUUGUUCCAUUGAAAUGCCUCUUCUGAAGGACGUGGCUACAGUCGCUUUCUGUGACGCGUCUGCCACGAGCGAAAUUCACGAGAAAGUCUUGAACGAGGCCUUCGGAGCCCUCCUAUGGCACACAAUCAAACUUAAUCGAGAGGAUCUGCAGAAAUUCAAGAGUCUGAAAAUCAUAGUUCGAAUCGGAAGGUAGUACAUCUUUGCACUGUUACGAACCCCCCUUUUAGUGGUUACGAUAACGUAGACAUUAAAGCCGCCGGCGAACUCGGGAUUGCUGUCUGCAAUGUGCCCGGCUAUGGUAUUGAAGAGGCAGCCGACACAACUAUGUGUCACAUACUGACUCUUUACCGUCGGACUUACUGGCUUGCCGACAUGGUGAGAUCGGGAAAACGAAUAAACAAUCCGGAGCAGUUAAAAGAAGCUGCUGUCGGGUCAGCAAGGAUACGCGGUGACACGCUAGGAAUUAUUGGUUUGGGUAAGUGCGAUCUUUAG